AUAAGACGCCUCCGUUGCGCUUGGUCAAGGUCAUACUAGCUGUCACACUAAACGCAGAUUCAGUAUAAACAAUAUCUGACCACAGAGAUGGAUGCAGGAUUAGCCACAAAGAAAGCCCGUGUUUCAAACGGUUCGCAUCAUUUGAAGGACGGGCAACCUAUUUAUGUAGAGGAAAUUGAGGACACUGAGGGUAGUACUACUCUGUUGUUCUCUCUGAAAGAAAAGGUUGGAGCUCUAGCUGAAGCCUUGUCAAUAUUUGAGCUACAUGGAGUCAAUCUCCACCACAUUGAAUCUAGACCGUCAGCUGAAGAUGCAGAAGAAUACCAAUUUUUUGUGUCUUGUGACAACCAAAGAGGGGGUUUGAAGGAAGCAAGCAUUGCAUUGAAAGAGAAGUGUAAAGACCUGACAAUUUUAUCUAGAAACCCCGGAGAACAGAAAAAUGAAGGUAUACACAUAAGACUGAGAAAUGGUAUUACAGGUAUUUUUAUAACACUAAGAAAUGGUGUGACAGUUCCAUGGUUUCCAAGAAAAAUCAGUGAUCUUGAUAGAUUUGCUAACCAAAUUUUAAGCUAUGGCUCAGAAUUAGAUAGUGACCAUCCGGGUUUUACGGAUACGGUGUAUAGAAGCAGAAGGAAGGAAUUUGCUGACAUCGCAUUUCAUUAUAAACAUGGCCAACCAAUACCUCGAGUUGAAUAUACCCAAGACGAAAUUAAAACCUGGGGAACUAUUUUUAAUGAACUGACUAAACUUUAUCCAACACAUGCUUGUCGUGAAUAUAAUCAUAUAUUUCCUCUCUUGGUGGAUAAUUGUGGGUUUAGAGAUGACAACAUUCCACAACUUGAAGAUAUUUCACAGUUUUUGAAAGAUUGUACAGGGUUUACAUUAAGACCGGUUGCUGGACUAUUGUCAUCCAGAGAUUUUUUGGCUGGUUUGGCAUUCCGUGUUUUUCAUUCCACUCAGUAUAUAAGACAUGGUUCUAAACCUAUGUAUACCCCGGAACCAGAUGUGUGUCAUGAACUAUUGGGUCAUGUACCGUUAUUUGCUGAUCCAGCUUUUGCUCAGUUUUCACAAGAAAUAGGUUUGGCCAGUCUUGGUGCACCUGAAGAAUACAUACAGAAAUUAGCAACGUUGUACUGGUUUACAGUAGAAUUUGGUAUUUGUCGUCAAGAAGGUCAACUAAAGGCUUAUGGUGCUGGUCUUCUUUCUUCAUUUGGUGAACUACAGUAUUGUAUUUCUGAUAAACCAGAGAAAAGAGAAUUUGAUCCAAUUAUAACAGCAGAACAACAAUAUCCUAUAACAGAAUAUCAACCCGUCUAUUUUAUCUCUAAUAGUUUUGAACAGGCGAAGGACAAAUUAAGGACUUAUGCGAGUACUAUUCCACGUCCAUUCAGUGUGCGAUACAAUCCCUAUACACAGAAUGUAGAAGUUAUCAACAACAAAAAACAGAUCAUGAAUUUGACGAAAAUCAUUCGAUGCGACCUCGGACUUUUGGAAGAGGCUUUGGAGAAAUGCAAAAAUAUUUCGUCUCACUAAACAGUCAUGGUAUUAUAUGUUGUUAAUAUGUACUGGUGUAUUUUGAUUUUCACGGCUAUCCACGUAGUAUGUAUAUAAGCUAGAGCUAUGGACGAUUCAUAUUGGACUACAUUCGUCGUCUUGAAAUCGUAUACUAAGUUCGAUAGAGAUUGUUAUGUCACAAUAUAGCCUCGAUCAUCUCCAAAGACGACGGAUACAAACCAUUAUAAUAGUAGUAAGCGGAGGAGGGGGGGGGGGGUGAAGCCAAAAUACCCGGUUAAAAGAAGAGUAAAAUAUAAAAUUACAAUUAGAUAUAAUUUAAUAUUUAUGUAAAUAUCAGCAUCUGCAUAUUGUAAAUAUUUCUCUGAUACACUUAUCUCUUAAUAGUAUGACCUAUGCAAUAUACUUUGGCAAUCCAUAAAUUUUAACUGGAGAGUGUAAGGCGGCAAUUUUCGGUGAAUUAUUACAUUAAUUUGUCAUUUUGUAUUCAUGAAUUUCGGAGUUAAUUGUCCAUUAAGAGUGAUGGUGCUUUUAUUGGUGCAUUUUAUUACAGGCAGCGGAAUUUAACCUCUCAAUUAAAGCUCAAGUAAUGUCUAUAGUCUGGUUGACAUCGAUUUUGAUGUUGUUGUAUAUGUUUAUAUUAAAUUAUAAUACAAUAUUUAUAGUUAAGUAGUACAUAAUUAUUACCACUGACUCGUACUGAGAUAUUUGUUAUAUUCUUUUGCAUAGUGUUAAAAAACCAGAAAAGUAUAUAUAUAUUGUAUAUGUGAAUCAAAAAAAGAAUAUUGUCCAGUCUACCAAAUUGAACUUUUUGUGGUGUGUUAAUAAACCAUAUAUACACAUUCAUAACAGUAGUCCAAAAAUUGUACCCCACACUCUUGACAGAGGGUUUGAAAAUAUUACUUUUUAACAACUUUUUUUUAAAGCACAAUGGUAUAGACAGAAUCAACGUAAAACAACAUUAUUGACAUUCCAUUCUACUAUCUAUAGGCCUGUCUUUUCAAUAUACAGUGCUAAUACUAGUCAACAGCUAGAAUAAGAUGAACAGUGAACAAUAUUAAUUAUGAUUCGCGAUAUACAUGUUAGAAAUCUUGAAGAAUGUUCACCCUGAACCGGUUUGUUAGUUGGUAUUAUAUUAUAAAUUGUAUUGUAUAUUAUGAUGGUCUAUCGGUGUUAUUAUUUAGUUAAUGUUAUACAAAUAAUAAAAAAAAUAUUAAUAAGUA